AUGAAGAGGACCAGAGGGAGCCUUGAGGCCUGGGGGAGCCUGGUGCUGCUGGGCCUGUGCAGCUGGACAGGGUCCUGGGCAACUGUCCUCAAGCCCGUCAGAAACCUGAGCGUGAAGGACCAGACCAACAGUUCCAUCACGCUGGGCUGGACAGAGCCAGAUGGCACGGCCUCUCAGCACUACCUGUACAGGAUCCAAUGGGAGGGUACCGGCACACCUGGGAACAAAAGCACGGACAACACCAGCAUCCUUGUGGAUGGACUGCAGCCCGGGUCCUGGUACCAGUUUGCCGUGUGGGUGGAGCUAAAUGGAACCCGCAGCUCCGAGGAGACUUGCAAUGUCAGCACGGUUCCCAAUGUAGUGACAAGUCUCAGGAUGCAGAACCGGACCAACAGCUCCCUCACCUUGAGCUGGACAGCUCCCGUGGGCCCAGAUCAUCCUUCCUACACCUACUGGGUCUCGUGGGUCAUGGAGGGCACUAUGGUCAUUAACACUCAGGAUACCAGGGUCUCUAACACCUCGGAUACGAGGAUCACACUGGAGCAGCUGGAAGCUGGGAGCUUGUACACCUUCACUGUCCAGGCGGAGAGGAAUGGGGUCAGCACUCCCAACAGGGUCAUGGAUCUGCACAAGGAAGCUCAGACCAACAGCUCCAUCACGCUGGGCUGGACAGAGCCAGAUGGCACGGCCUCUCAGCACUACCUGUACAGGAUCCAAUGGGAGGGUACCGGCACACCUGGGAACAAAAGCACGGACAACACCAGCAUCCUUGUGGAUGGACUGCAGCCCGGGUCCUGGUACCAGUUUGCCGUGUGGGUGGAGCUAAAUGGAACCCGCAGCUCCGAGGAGACUUGCAAUGUCAGCACGGUUCCCAAUGUAGUGACAAGUCUCAGGAUGCAGAACCGGACCAACAGCUCCCUCACCUUGAGCUGGACAGCUCCCGUGGGCCCAGAUCAUCCUUCCUACACCUACUGGGUCUCGUGGGUCAUGGAGGGCACUAUGGUCAUUAACACUCAGGAUACCAGGGUCUCUAACACCUCGGAUACGAGGAUCACACUGGAGCAGCUGGAAGCUGGGAGCUUGUACACCUUCACUGUCCAGGCGGAGAGGAAUGGGGUCAGCAGUGACAACAGGACACUCACGGCCAUGUCAGCUCCCAACAGGGUCAUGGAUCUGCACAAGGAAGCUCAGACCAACAGCUCCAUCACGCUGGGCUGGACAGAGCCAGAUGGCACGGCCUCUCAGCACUACCUGUACAGGAUCCAAUGGGAGGGUACCGGCACACCUGGGAACAAAAGCACGGACAACACCAGCAUCCUUGUGGAUGGACUGCAGCCCGGGUCCUGGUACCAGUUUGCCGUGUGGGUGGAGCUAAAUGGAACCCGCAGCUCCGAGGAGACUUGCAAUGUCAGCACGGUUCCCAAUGUAGUGACAAGUCUCAGGAUGCAGAACCGGACCAACAGCUCCCUCACCUUGAGCUGGACAGCUCCCGUGGGCCCAGAUCAUCCUUCCUACACCUACUGGGUCUCGUGGGUCAUGGAGGGCACUAUGGUCAUUAACACUCAGGAUACCAGGGUCUCUAACACCUCGGAUACGAGGAUCACACUGGAGCAGCUGGAAGCUGGGAGCUUGUACACCUUCACUGUCCAGGCGGAGAGGAAUGGGGUCAGCAGUGACAACAGGACACUCACAGAAGCCACUGCUCCCAACAGGGUCAUGGAUCUGCACAAGGAAGCUCAGACCAACAGCUCCAUCACCCUGCGAUGGAAGGCCCCCACAGACCCCCACUCUCAGGCAUACAAAUAUUGCGUCCAGUGGGCCGCUGGGGGACAUCCCCAAGGAGACCAUGACCCCCGAGGACAUCAGGCCAACCAGACACGAGAGACCAAUCACACCUACUAUGAGGUUCAGGCCCUGGAACCCGGGACUCUGUACAACUUCAGCGUGUGGGCAGAGAGGAGCAACGUGGCCAGUUCUGCACAGGGCCUCCUUGAAUCCACAGCCCCAAGCAUGGUCACCAUCAUCUCCUGCAUGAGCAUCUCUGGGGGCCACGGGGUCGUCUUGACCUGGUCCUGUCCCCGAGGAGGCUAUGAGGCCUUUGAGUUGCAGGUGGGUGGACAGCAGGACUCUCAGAACAGGUCGUCCUGCGGGAAGAGGGUAUCUGUGUGGGGUCUCUGGCCGGCCCAGUCCUACCCAGUCAUUGUCACGACCAUCUGGGAUGGAAUGAAGACCCCGUCUGCCUCUGUGACCUGCCGCACCGAGAACUCAGGGGUCAUUGUGGGAGCCAUUGUUGGUGUCACCCUGUUUCUCAUCCCGGUGGGUCUGCUGAUUUUCUUCCUGAAGAAGAGGCACGAGAAGAGCCAGAGGGAACCAGCCCUCAGGCGUCUGGUCUUCAGCUUCUCAGAGGACAUCCUGGCGGAAGACUUUGCUGACCAUGUCGGGAGAAAUGAGAAGGACAGCAAUUUUGGCUUUGAGGAGGAGUACCAGCAAUUGGCUCUGGAGACCCACAGCCAGUCUCAAACAGUUGCCUUGGCUCCUGAAAACAGCAUCAAGAACCGUUACAGAAACGUGCUCCCCUAUGACUGGUCCCGUGUGCCCCUGAAAGCCAUCCAGGAGGAACCAGGCUCUGACUACAUCAACGCCAGCUUCAUGCCUGGUCUCGAGAACCCCCAGGAGUUCAUCGCAACCCAGGGUCCCCUGCCCCAGACGGUGGGUGACUUCUGGCGCCUGGUGUGGGAGCAGCAGAGUCGCACCCUCGUCAUGCUGACCAACUGUGUGGAAUCUGGCCAAGUGAAGUGUGAACAUUACUGGCCUCUUGACGCCAAGCCCUGCACACAUGGGCACCUCCAAGUGACGCUGGAGGGUGAGGAGGUGCUGGAGGACUGGACAGUCCGAGAUCUGAUGCUCCAGCACAUGCAAGAGCAGAAAACGCUGCCUGUGCGACAGUUCCAUUACAUGACUUGGCCAGACCAUGGCGUCCCCCACUCCACAGACCCCAUGCUGGCCUUCCGGAAGGUGCUGCGGCAGUGGCUGGACCAGACCACGGAGGGAGGCCCCCCCAUUGUGCACUGCAGUGCUGGCGUGGGCCGCACGGGUACCCUCAUUGCCCUGGACGUCCUGCUGAGGCAGCUGGACCGGGAUCAACGUGUGGGGCCCUUCAGCUACGUGCAGAAGAUGAGGGAAAGCCGGCCUCUGAUGGUGCAGACUGAGGCCCAGUAUGUCUUCCUGCACCACUGCAUCCUACGGUUUCUCCAGCAGUCAGGCCGAGUCCCAACAGACAAUGGGGUUGCAUAUGAGAACCCGCUGUAUGAGAAUGUCUGA